AUGGGAAGUGGAUCUGGCCAGCGGCCGCUUUCCGAAGUGAGUCCCAUGGCCCAGAGGCGCAACUCGCCAAGCUGGAACCAAGUCACCAAGAUGCCCAACGGGGAAUCACCCGCAUACGAUGUUUCAUCCUUGAAUAGCAAAGCUUCACCACGCCUCUUCUGGAAGGGCCGCGAUUCUCCCUCACCAUUCUCCAAGGGAGUCGAGAACAAGGCGCCAUAUGACCCCGAAGGAUCAUAUUUCCCGUCAAAGCGAGCAUCACUCGAGAACCUGAAACGCGUGUCCAAGGUCAAGAACCACAGUUUCCUGGAAGGAAGUCAAGAAUACGACCCGGCAUCAGUAACUCUUCCACAUAGGCCAUUGGCAUCUGAGCGGUCUCCCCAACGAGAUAGUCAGAUGAAUAUUGCCAAGUCACAACUUCACGAGGAUAUGGCCCAGUUUGGUCGCCCACCUUCCCCAAGCAAAGACCAAGGAUCUCCAGGCAAAUCAUCACUAUCAAAGGGUAGCCGAUUUGGAAAAGGAUUUGACCCUCAGCAUGACAUCUGGUCCGAAAAUGGAAGCUUGGGACAUAGACAUGCCAAGAGCGUCACAUUCGAUCAUGCGCCCCCUCAAGUUAACGAAUAUGUAAUGACAACGCCCGAUCCAUCCUCAAUCGCCUCUGGAUCGCGCGAAAAUAGCUACGACUCUGAAGAGGAGGGAGAUAUCAGCUUCGACCAAGAGUCAUCCUUCGAACGUGACGAUAGCUUCGAUGCUUCGUUGGAAGACAUUGAAAAGACCCCUGUGGUGCUGCCUGAAGACUGGCGGUCCAUGAGCCCCGACUCUCACGACGAGGAGGAUUCGUUCGUUGAUCACGUCGAAAAUGAUAACGCCGAGGAGCGACCAGUCUCACGCGAAGGCGGAGGCACUCGACGAACGCGUGUGGAGUCCCUGGACUCUAACGGCGAGCGCCGUCCCCUUCCCCCUUUGCCAUCGCUGAACCGUAUGUCGGGCGCGCGCCCUUCGUCGGCAGGGAACAUGUCCUCCGCGUUCGAGCUGGGGAGUGGCAGCCAGCGUGGACUUCCUGCACACCCGGCUGCUGCAUCAUUUAAUAAAUCAGACAUUGGCGGUGCUGUCUCUUUGGAGGAUCGACUUCGUCUUAUGAUGCUCCAAGAGAAGAACCCAGAUGAGAACCAUGACAACGACCAAAAUACCGAAGGUCCCUUGGAGCUUCCUGAGCCGGACGAUGAUCCAACCCCAACUAAUGGCGUCGGCGACAAUGAGGAAAACAAGGACAUCUUCUUUUCUCCCCCAAGAAUAUCGCGCGACUCGAUUCUCCGUGGUAUCCGCAAGGGUGACAGCUACGAGGAAGAAGACAGCUUCGACGAAUCCCAACUUGCAUCCAGCCCUAAUCCUUAUGAACAUUACGACCCUGACGUCCCCAUUCCAUCCUUGGAAAAUGACGACAAUGAUGACUCUAGCAUAAUCGUGAAGCAAGAAGACCAGGAAGAGGAAGAGGACCUCUACUCUAUCUCAGGUUACUACCAAAACUCGUCUGACAACAGCCUGUCAUCCCGUGAUCAGCGGGCCAAGUACGACGAGGACAGCAAUUACUCGUUGCGCUCUGCCGCUGAAGCGGCUGAAGCGGCUGAUCGCGCUCAGGCAGGCAAUGAGAACCAAAGCCACGGCUCCGGCCAGACUACGCCCACGCGCGUUGAACAUGAUGUCGAAAAGCCAAUUGAGUUUACGGACGACAGUGAAAACAAGGAGAACCAGCCGGAGCCUGACAACAAAUCUUUUGAUAUGUCGUCGGUGAGCCAAGCCUUGGCACGUCCUGUAACCCCAGUGAUGCAUGAUGAGGAAGGCUCUGAGCCCUCGACACCCGACUCUGUCAUCCGCCACCCAGUGGAAGAAGACGAUGAAGACGAGGAAUAUGAUGACCGGGAUGAAGAGAACCCUGAGCAGGGACAACUCAAGCCAGAAGACCCCGAGGAGGAGCAAACCGAACACUAUGAAAGCUCAUCCGAUGAGUCUGUGCCUGACCCUGUCGCUACCAUCAGGGCCCCAGGCGCUGGCCUGAAGACUCGCCCCUCUCUUACUCCUGCGGAUAUGCAAUCGAUGGCUGCCACCCGUCGUAAGAUCAGUGGGCAGCAUAUCCCUCCAGUUCCCCCAUUGACAAAACAGCACUCAAAUGAAUCAUCUCACUCCGAUGAAGACCAGAAGCCUACUGAGUCACCUCCCAAGCUGGCGCUGUCGGGUGAUUUCGCCCAGCGCCAGAGCAGCUUGAUGCAACUCGACAUCCCCUUCAGCAUCCAGGAAGAGAGCCUUGGAUCUGGUCUUAACAAGGAGUUCGACCGUGUCAUUGAAACCCAAAAGGUAGCGUUCCACCUCGCUCUUUCCCAAUCAGAGUCUUCCCGAAGCAAUCACCCCAAGGACCCCGUCGAAAGAGGAAAUAGACCCCCAGCUAAUGCCCGAACCCAACAGCGAGGAUACCUGAUGAGACAGAACACCAAGGUCAUCAUCGCCAGCAGUCGAAACGAGGAAGAACCUAUGCCAUCCCCGGAGCAAACCGCACAGGACCCUCGGGGCACCCGCUCAGCUGGAUCUUCUCCGCGCAAGCCCAGCCAGCAAACCUGGACCACAGUGCCGUGGAAUGGCAGCCCCCGCCGCGCAAGUAUCAAGGCCACCGGAAUACCCAAGAAGAAGCCCGUCCCAGGAGUUGGUGGCGUGCCCCCUCUUCCUGGACAGGCUAGUGCCGUACAGGAGGCUCCGGCGACCAUUGAAGAGAACGAACCAGCGAUUUCAGAGUCGUUUGAAGAAGGCGAGGAGCGAGGCCGCUUAUUCGUCAAGGUUGUUGGUCUCAAAUAUUGUGAUCUCCCUCUGCCCCGAGGCGAGCGCUCUUACUUUGCCUUGACUUUGGAUAACGGCCUGCAUUGUGUUACCACAUCAUGGUUGGAGAUGGGCAAGUCCGCUCCAAUUGGCCAGGAGUUCGAACUCAUAGUCCAGAAUGAUCUGGAGUUCCAAUUGACUCUGCAAAUGAAGAUCGACGAGUCCAAGUUCCAAACACCAGAGCCCCAAGCCUCACCCUCUCGCCAGAAGACCUCGGCCCUCAGCCGAGUCUUUGCGUCUCCACGACGCCGCAAGGAACUUGACAUCAAGCAGCAAAUGCAGUCCCAGCAGCAGAAGGCCAAGGAUGUCAAUGCCCCUGUCUACGACCGACUUCGCAACCUCGUCGCGCGCGAUGGCAGCUUCGGUCGUGCCUAUGUUGCACUGAGCGAUCACGAACAGCAGGCAUUUGGUCGCCCACACAUCGUCGAUGUUGCUUGCUUCAAUGAAUGGGCCGUUGAAGAACAAAUGAGCAGUGUCAAGAGCAAGAAGAGUGCGACGAGCGUGAACACACAGCGCCGUCCACCCUACAAGAUUGGCAAACUCGAAGUCCAGUUGCUAUUUGUGCCUAAACCUAAGGGUAGCAAGGAUGAGGAUAUGCCGAAGAGCAUGAACGCGUGUAUCCGUGAGAUGCGUGAUGCCGAGAGUGUCUCCGCUCGCUCUUGGGAAGGCUUCCUAUCCCAGCAAGGUGGAGACUGUCCGUUCUGGCGACGUCGCUUCUUUAAGCUUCAGGGCUCCAAACUGACAGCUUAUCACGAAACCACCCGCCAGCCUCGCGCGACGAUCAACCUAGCUAAAGCCUCAAAACUGAUCGAUGACCGAUCCUCUCUCCUCCAGAAGGAGACCAGCACAAGGAACGGUGGACGCCGCAAGUCUGCCUUUGCGGAGGAGGAGGAUGGCUACAUGUUUGUUGAAGAAGGAUUCCGCAUCCGAUUCGGCAAUGGCGAAGUAAUCGACUUCUAUGCGGACAGUCCCGCCGAAAAAGAUGGCUGGUUGCGAGUAAUGUCUGAAGCCGUUGGCAAGGGCUCUACUUCUGGUGGCGGGUCCAUCAAGCCCUGGGCCGAUCUUGUGCUCAAGCGCGAGCGUGCCAUGAAGUCCAAGACUGAAACCAAGAGUGAGGCCUCUGAGCGUCGUCCGGCCAGCUCAAUCCCUGCUCCAAGCGCUGCUCCCCCCUCCCCCGUGCGAGACAGGAACAGUGUUCUGACGGGACCUCCAUCCUCUGCGGGGUCCGGGGCGCCGGCGCCCCAGUCCCCCCGCCCUCGCCACAAACACACCUACUCCCAACCCGAGAUGGGCUCUGCCGACGCUCGUCGCCAGAAGACUCGCUCGCUCAUGUUCUGA